GCAUGCGCCCCUUCGGAACCGUGCGCUAGCCAGCCAAUAGGAGAGGCGGAUGGGAGAGCGGAGGGGGCGGGCUUCCGCCGUGACAAGAAGAGGCCCUUAGGGGGAACCGGAAGCAGGUGCGAGGAAGGAAGGAAGGGAGCAGAGGCAGCGGCAGGAUGUCUUCUGGAGCUUUAUUUCCAAGCCUGGUACCAGGCUCCCGGGGCUCAUCUAGCAAAUACUUGGUAGAGUUCCGUGCAGGGAAGAUGUCUUUGAAAGGAAGCACUGUGACACCAGACAAGAGAAAAGGUCUUGUGUACAUCCAGCAAACAGAUGACUCCCUCAUUCAUUUCUGUUGGAAGGACAGGACUUCUGGGAAUGUGGAAGAUGACUUAAUUAUUUUUCCUGAUGACUGUGAAUUUAAGAGAGUUCCUCAGUGUACUACUGGCCGUGUAUAUGUGUUGAAAUUUAAAGCUGGAUCCAAGCGACUCUUCUUCUGGAUGCAGGAACCCAAGACAGAGAAAGAUGAAGAACACUGCCGUAAGGUGAAUGAAUAUCUCAAUAAUCCACCAAUGCCAGGAGCUCUGGGUGGCAGUGGAAGUGGAGGCCAUGAACUUUCUGCUCUUGGAGGUGAAGGUGGCUUGCAAAGUCUUCUAGGAAACAUGAGCCAUAACCAGCUCAUGCAGCUGAUUGGACCAACGGGCUUAGGUGGACUUGGUGGCCUUGGUGCACUCACAGGUCCUGGCUUGGCUAGUCUGCUGGGAAGUGGAGGGCCCCCAACUAGCAGUUCUUCUUCAAGCUCUCGCAGCCAGUCAGCAGCUGUGACACCAUCUUCCAGUACUUCUUCCACACGGGUAACGCCUGCACCUACUGCUCCUGCAGCUGCUUCUGCCGCUAGUCCCAGUCCUGCUCCAAGCUCAGGAAAUGGAACCAGCACCGCAACAAGCCCUACCCAGCCCAUCCAACUGAGUGACCUCCAGACUAUCUUAGCAACCAUGAAUGUGCCAGCUGGAGCAGGAGGGCAGCAAGUUGACCUGUCCAGUGUAUUGACCCCUGAAAUAAUGGCGCCUAUUUUGGCAAAUACAGAGGUUCAAGAGCGCCUGCUGCCUUACCUUCCUUCGGGGGAAUCUCUGCCACAAACAGCAGAGGAGAUCCAGAAUACGCUGACUUCUCCACAGUUCCAGCAGGCACUGAGCAUGUUCAGCGCAGCCUUGGCUUCUGGACAGCUGGGACCUCUAAUGAGUCAAUUUGGUUUACCACCUGAAGCAGUAGAUGCAGCAAACAAAGGGGAUGUAGAGGCCUUUGCAAAAGCAAUGCAAAACAAUGGCAAAUCUGACCAAAAGGAAGGAGACUCAAAGGACAAGAAGGAUGAAGAGGAAGACAUGAGCUUAGAUUAAGUCUCUCGACUGUGUCCUGUGGGUUCCCCUAGAUACUAACAUGGAGAAAAGUAGGAUCACUAGCUAACUUCAUGUACUGAAUCUAUAAGUAAAGGAUCUCUCUGCCAAA